UGAAAAAAUUGAAUAAAUUAUCCUGACAUACCGGAAGUAGCCAAAAUCACAUGCCGAAAAGUAAAUGUUACAGAAUUCUGUAGAAUGCACAUAAAUUUACAAAAUAAUAUCGUAAUGCAAAAAUCAUACAAAAAUCUAACAAAUAAAUUUCUUACCUCGAUCGAGCAUAAAUUUCUAGCAAGAAAAAUCAAUCUGACAUAGUAAAUGUCACUACAGAUACAAUAAGGCCCGUAUGUCAGUUUGUGACACUGAAAAACUGUAUUGAUUAUGAGGUGGUUUUGGAUUUGCGGAUAAUUCCUGACUGAUAUAGGAAACAGUGUUGGAUAAAACAAAAACAUAGCUGUUUGUCCGUGCUUCAUGUAUGAACCAGUCUGUGCUUCAUGUAUAAACCCAUAGAUGCUCGAAGUUCUGUCCCCCACCCCUCUCCCCUUAUAGCUGUCUGAAAAAUGUCAAAAUAUCUGUUUUAAUAUCAAAUAAUUCUGUUACAAAAAACAUGUAUAUUUGAUAAACUGACGCAUUCUUUAAUUCGGCAAAGAAAUAAAACUGAAAAGUUUGCUUUAAAACUACUGAGUUACUAAAAUGAUAGUAUUAUCCGAUUUAAUCAACUAUCAAUAUAUUUAGAACAUAAACUGUCAUAUCGACUGUACAAUGGCUCGAUCACAACAAAUAUCGUACUUCCAAAUAAAUCAAAAUCAGUUUCUUGCUGUUUUGUCUUUUUAUGUUUAUUCUAAUGCGAGCGUGUCUCGAAUAAUUAUUUUUAUUUCAGAUAAUGUUCCUAGAAUCUUUAGAAACACAGCUGGAAAACCAACAUCUACAGCACGAAAUAGUUCUGAUGGAGCUGGUCGAAUAUCGAGUCCAUAAAGUUAUCAGUUUAUAUAUUCCACCUAUUCUACUUAUUAUGGGAACAUUCGGAAACAUGUUUUCAUUUCUUAUUUUGCGAAACAAAACAAUGACAAGACAGUCAACCAAUUCCUUUCUGUCGGCUUUAGCUCUGGCAGAUUCGGUUGUUCUGUUUGUUGGUCUUCUGAAAAAUUGGAUCGGGGAGAUGUCAGGGUUAGAUAUACAAAAUCAAGCUGACUGGUUAUGUAAGCUGACAUCCCUGCUCAUCUACAGCAGCAGUCAUUUUUCAGUUUGGUUAAUUAUUGCUGUUACUAUUGAACGAUAUAUCGCUGUGAGCCAGCCACUUCAUGCAUCGAGAUACUGUAAGCUAUCAAGAGCAAAGCGUGUUAUAGCACUGUUGGCGUUUGUAUUCAUAUUACUCAAUUUACAUUUCAUAUGGACAGUGACAUUGAACGACAGAGCGAUUGGGAAAACUGUGAUGCAUAAUUGUAAGGCUACACAUCAUUUUGUGUUUUUUAUAACAACAAUUUGGCCCUGGGUUGACGCAGCUUUGUAUGCACUUGUACCUUUUCUACUCAUCAUAGUAUUUAACAUUUUAAUAAUAAUACAAACAUUACGGGCAACAACUUGGAGAGGUGAGGCACAGAAAGGACCGUUAAUGAAUGUUGAAAAACGAUCAAACGAUAAUAAUAUCAAACUAACAGUAAUGCUUUUAUGUGUGUCGUUUACAUUUCUCAUAUCGACAUUUCCAAUGUCAGUCGCUAUGGUCCUUCACAAUCAAUGGGAAGAGGAGAUGCAUAGACCUUCAACAACCGUGCAGUUAGUUGCUCAAAGAAGACUACUGCGGACCAUUGCAGAAAUGCUGAUGUAUUUGAAUCAUUCAAUUAACUUUUACCUUUACUGUGCUUUAGGACAAAAAUUCCGGAAUCAAGUGAUAAAGACGCUUUGCCGAAGAAAAAUCUCAAACACAUCUAACGCUUCAGAUCAUAGUCAGCACAUAUACUGCUCGCGGGUAAAUGGAUCUCACAAUCACAAGAGUACAUGUAUUGACGAGACCAUAUUAUGACAUUAACACAGUAACAAAAGUCUUCUUUGGAAAGUCAAACUAACUUGAGACGUCAAAUAAAAUAUUUGGUAUUAUAAUAAAUUAUGUUUCUCCCGGCAGAAAUUGACAGAC